AUGGACACACCAAGACAAAAUGGGACUGGGUACCGCAGAAAACAAGCUCCUAUCGAAUACAAUGACAAAAACACUAGUCCCGUGGUUGACUCAGCCGAAACGCAAUCUAAUCUUCAUUUCAAGGAAAAUGAACUCCACCGAGAUCAUCUAUCGCCUCUUCAUGAGCUGACAACGCAGCUGGAGAUUGACGCUAGCCAAACUGAAGGGAAUGGUAACUCCUCGUCACAUUCGAAAGAAUUGUCCAGUGAAGUCGUGAAAAAUUUUUCCUCUCAAUACAAUCAUCUUAAAGACACUGUUGACGAUGUCAAAAAACUAUCAUUUAGUUCGGGCCCUAGCAAAAGAGAUCUACUACAAGGAAGGAACCGCCAACACGAGUCAGAUAAAACCUUGAAGAGGAAAAAUGACUGGGAAACAGAGCAAUUCAAUAAAGCGCAACAAUUGAAUCUUCAAACCGACGAUAAAAUUCAUUUAGCGAAUAAUGAUGAGUACGAGUACGUUUUUGACGAAUCGCAAUACGUGGAUUUUGAUGACAUUGAGGAGACAGUAAUAGAUGGUGAUGAUGAACAAACCCCAGCACAAUCACGCAAGAUAAACGGUUUAGAAUCUGAAAAAAAAUCCCUUCCUGUUUACCAUUAUAAAAAUGAAUUUUUGAAUUUACUAAAAAACAACCAAGUGAUUAUAAUUGUGGGAGAAACUGGGUCAGGUAAGACCACUCAACUACCUCAGUAUCUAUAUGAAGGGGGGUAUUCUCAAAGAGGCACAAAGUUGAUAGGUUGCACCCAACCUAGAAGAAUUGCGGCUGUUUCGGUUGCUCAAAGGGUUGCUGAUGAAAUGGGUACAACUUUGGGAGGCACGAAAGGUAAAGUUGGAUACUCCAUUCGAUUUGAUGACAACUGCUCACCUUCGACCGUUGUCAAAUUCUCUACUGAUGGUAUGCUUUUGAGGGAAUUUUUGAAUGACCCCAAGUUAUCCAAAUAUGGAGCCAUAAUGAUUGAUGAAGCACAUGAACGUACACUUUCAACCGAAAUAUUGUUGAGCUUGUUGAAAGAUUUAUCGUUGCAACGAGAUGACUUGAAAAUCGUGAUUGCCAGUGCAACAAUCAAUGCAGCAAAGUUUUCUGAGUAUUUCAACGGUGCUCCGAUAUUGAACAUACCAGGACGACGGUUUCCUGUAGAGAUCCACUACACAAAACACCCCGAAGCCAAUUACUUGCAAGCAGUGAUGACAACAAUUUUUCAAAUUCAUUUAACGCAACCACUACCAGGGGAUAUUUUGGUCUUUUUAACUGGACAGGACGACAUCGAAAGAUUGGAAACUCAGAUACAAGAUGCUAUCCUAAGGAUUGGAGAGCAAUUGGAGGAUAAGAAAUUGAUGGUGUGUACCGUGUAUGCAAACCUACCGAGUGAAUAUCAAAGUAGGAUUUUUGAGCCUGCACCUAUAAAUACAAGAAAAGUCAUAUUGGCAACAAAUAUCGCAGAAACCUCCAUCACUAUUGAGGGAGUUUCAUUUGUUGUUGAUCCUGGUUACGUUAAACAGAACGAAUUCAACAGUUCAUCGGGAAUGGAAAGCUUAGUUGUUGUUCCUUGUUCUAAAGCCAAUUGCGAUCAGAGAGCAGGGCGUGCAGGAAGAGUGGGGCCGGGAAAAUGCUUUCGGAUGUUUACUAAACACUCUUUUGAUCAUGACAUGGAUGCUUCACAAAAACCUGAAAUUCAACGAAUAAAUUUGAAUUCAGUAAUAUUAUUGUUGUUGUCACUAGGAGUUAAUGACUUGCUAAAUUUUCAGUUCUUGGACCCUCCGCCAAAGGAGAGUAUAAUGAAAUCAUUGAAUCUUUUGUACUCACUUGGUGCAAUCAAAUCCAGUGGUAAACUUUCCAAAAGCGGUUUCAAGAUGAAUGAAUUUCCGUUGGAUCCAGUUUUGACAAAAUGCAUAUUGAGUAGUGAAAGCCUUGGUGUCACAAGAGAGAUCUGCAUAAUUAUCGCUAUGUUGACAGAAUCGUCCAAUUUAAAAUAUUCGCCUAAACAGGUUGAUCAAGAGGUAAUAAGGAAAAGACACGACCAAUUCGAUGCACCAGAAGGGGAUCAUUUGACGUUGUUGAACAUUUUCACGCAAUGGAUGAAGUAUGGUUACUCAAAACAUUGGUGUGAAGAUAACUUCCUACAAUACAAGACCCUUCACAGAGCCCGACAUAUUUUCCAACAAUUGAUUCGAAUUUGCAAAAAGAUUGGCCUCGUCGUCAAUGACAAGUUGGUAGGGGAUGAUAAUUUUCCUGCUGAUAACGAGCAAAAUAUUCGUGAAAAUCAAUCACUGUCUCGAUUUUACGUCUCCAUUCAAAAACUGUUACUCAGCGGUUUUUUCAACAAUAUAGUAAAGUUGUCACCUAUGGGAGAUUGCUAUCAACCUAUUCUAAGAUCAAGACAAAACAUCCCUUGUUUUGUACAUCCGUCCUCCACCUUGUUCAAAAUCAAAAUGCACAAGCCGAAGUAUUUGGUAUAUUAUGAGUUGGUUUUGACGAGCAAGGAGUAUAUGAGAAAUUGUUUGAUCGUCGAUGAGCAGCUUGUAAAAAAGAUGCAGGGUGAAAUGUCGAGAUAA